AUGCAAGCACAAUUCCAUCGCGGAUAUCCGGCCGCAGACAGUGCCUUCAAAUAUCGCCUGAAGACCGAUAUAGCUGGAGAUCUGGAGAGUGCCUCACCGGACGGCGCGUUGUCGGUCGUCGAUUAUGCGAGCCUCCUGCCCGCCAAAAUCCUUGAACUACCGGUGAUCAGGCUCGAACUCGAGGUCGAGAACAGCAUCGAGGAUGGAUCUCCGCCCUGGCUACUGUGUAGAGCGGUCAGCAAAUUCUUGUACGCGCUUGUCACAUUCCUGAGUCAGGACAAUCUCCCACGGACACUAAAAAUCACGGCAAAGACCAACUGCAAGGCGCUUUCCCUUCCGAGCUUAGUAGAGCGGUGUUUCUGGCCUCUGCGAAUCUUACCCUCGCACAUACACUUGGACGUCGAAGGUCUCAAGGAGCAAGGCAAGGUGGCUCUCGACCGAAUUCUGCAACAGCGAAGCGGCGCAGCACGACAUAUCGCGAAUCCCGUCUUACAGCUCGCUCAAAGCGAGAAGGCAGCUGCAUCGCUGGACUACAAUGGGUUCGGCACAGCGAGGGAUGAAUUGCCUCAUUUCGCUAGGGACCUGAUCCGCAAUGCUUGUCGGUUGAAGAGGUCAGAAGGAAUCUGGGAUCCAAAGCACGAUACGGAUGUCCGAUACGAGCUGGCUCUGGUUAAUGUCAUCUUCGCAUUCUUGUCAGCCACGUCUGAUCCCCACUGGAAGGAGCGGUGUCGGAGAGCUUUGGACGUCGCACAGGGCAUCGCAACUGAAGCUGAAGGCAAGGUAUCCAACCGUCCAGCAGACCAGUUGGAGCACAUCUGCCGCAAUGUCGACUGGUCGCCCGAGCGAGCAGGUCGAUUCGAAGCAUGA